GUUUUAACCGUUGAAUACUUACACCGUUGCCAUGUUGUUGUAGCGUCAUUGCUUUGAAAACAAUAUGUCUUCUUACAAGCCUGGAAAUUGUAAGCGAGAAGAGUUCAGGAAGUAUUUGGAAAAAUCUGGAGUGAUCGAUGCACUCACAAAGGGUUUGUAUGAAGAGCCAGAAAAACCGGAUAAUGCUCUAGAAUUUAUGAAGAAGCACCUACAAGCAGAAAGUCCAGAUCCUUCAGAUGUUGAAGCAAUGAAAGUAGAAAUUUCAGAAUUAAAACAAAAGGUGGAGAUGUUAGAAAGUGAAAAUGCUGAAUUAAAACAAAGCAUAAAUCAACAAUUAACACCAGGAAUUGGAAUAAGUGAUGGCAAUAUUUAAUGAAUUGAUGUUUAACAAAAAACACUCCAAACUGGUAAUAUUCUAACAUAAAAUGAAUUUUAAGUUUUUUAACUGCAAAUGAAUGUUAAAUUGAUAAUGUUUUAAGCGUAAAUAUUGUUGAGUGUCGGAUGAAUGUAGGCAACAGUCAAGAAACCGAAAACAAAUGUUUCUCUCCUGCUGAUACUAAAAAUAUAUCUAUAAGAUAAAUAAAACAUAGUUGUCACCGGCGUUAUUUGAUUUCUCACAUUAAAUCUAGAAUAAUAUAAUAGUUGUUCAUCUGGUGUAAUUAUUUUACAAGAUAAAUAAGUUUUAGUUAGUGGCUAAGUAGGUAGAUGACUAGCAAAUGAAUGCAAUAUGAUCAAUGAUCAGUUCCGAUAAAUUUAAAGUUUAUCAGCCAACAUCUUUUGUCGGUGAUUGUUGGACAAACGAAACGUAUGUCACAACCUUCUUGGUCAAUGACUUUUACAACCUCGGUAACUAAUUUACUAUGUUCGCCUGCUACCCCAAGUUUAAUAUUAACACUACUCACUCAUAAACUUCGAC